CACGAUCGUCAACUGCAUUCGACCAUCCUAUAUACCAAGUUCAAAAAGAAACAGUCUUAUGUAAACAUGGAUGAAGAAGCUUAUGGAAUAACUACAGAGAUUAGAGAGGUCCCGCCGGCACAAUAUGUGUUCAAGAUCGAGUCUUUCUCUUUGUUGUCGAAGAACAACAUCGACGUGUAUGAGACGAACGAGUUUGAAGCUGGAGAUCAGAAGUGGAGAUUGAUUCUGUAUCCCAAAGGAGACAAAAGCAGAAACGGAGGAGAUCAUUUGUCUAUAUAUCUGGCGAUUUCCAAGAGCACUCCUUUGAAAGUUGGCUCCGAGAUAAAUGCGACAGUAAGGUUCUUUGUGUUGGACAGAAUUCGCGACCAGUACUUGACGAAACAAGGGAGAGCUACAAGGUUUCACGUGAUGCAGUCUCAAUGGGGCAUUCCGAGAUUUAUGCCGUUGGCGACUUUCACCGACCCAUCCAAUGGAUACCUCAUUGACGACACCUGCGUUUUUGGAGUGGAGAUUGUCGUCAUCAAGAAUUCGGGCUUGGGCGAAUGUUUCACACCGAUAGAGGGAAGGUGCGGCUAUAUCCGAGGGGUGAUUCGACAGAGAGGGACAAAAGCCUUUCAAUAUAUCUUUGUUUGGCCGAUUCAGGGAAACUCGAUCUUGGGCAGAAAGUUAACGCAAGCUUCACCAUUUGGUUGAGAGGCGAAGAUGGCACUGUUUAUGGGGCGAUGACGAGUAAAGGUUCGAAUUGGUUCAGUCGUUCAACCACUUCGUGGGGUUGGCCUUGUUAUGCGUCCCUGAAAAAGAUUCAAGAUUCCCUUGUGGACGAUCACUGUAUCAUUGAGGCCGAAGUCACCAGCCUUGGCACAGCCAGACAACUGCCCUGAUAAUUGGGUUUGAGCUCAUGAUGAGGCGGCGGUUCCUAUCAUUGUUUCCUCCACGUACCACUAGUAGUUUUAAGCCAGUAAAACUUGUCGAACUGCUUUUUUGCUACUAGUUGAUCGAUGCUUUGCUCUCUUUUAAUUCAUGAGUUCCUCUAGCAUAGACGAAUUGUCGAACCUACUCUCUCUUACUAGCUCGCGUUCACCAAAAUUGACAGCCAAUUCCGACUUUAGGAAGAUUUCCUGGGAACAAACAUCCAAUUGCAGCUCCCUUUCGCGGUGUCCUUUUGCUGUCACAUGCUCCGCAUCUGAUUACAAACAAUUAUCUCGAGCCGCAUCAAGACUAACUUAUUUCAAAAUGAUCGCUGGUUGCACUGUGGGUCACACAUCUUCAGGAGUUCAU